CUGAAGGGUAACUCUGACGCCAUCUUGUUUGUUUCAUGAGAAAAUUACAAAUUUUGUCCGGUAAAAAGAGUGUGCAAUAGCAAUUACAUUUGCGCCAGCCGCACGCUAGAAAAGCCAAACAAACGACGAUAUCGCGACGGGGAGGCCGCGUUUGAAAUAGAACUCAGCUUCAUUUUAACGCUUGCAAGGAUUUAAUAAAACAAAACAAAAAAUGGGUGAAGUAAAGUCCGUGAAAGUGGACAACUGGGGAGUCUUCUUUCUGCAGAAGCUGCAGAAUUUCUUCAACAAAACGGACUAUUGUGACUUGACGCUGCAGUUUCGUGAUAAUUCACAAUUGAAAGUGCAUCGACUGGUGCUAAGUGCGUGCACAGACUAUUUCAAUGUGCUGGAGCAGACAUGUGAAACCAUUGACGAUGCACUCAUUAUGCCAGCCGAAUUCCAAGCGGAUGUGGUGGUGCCCAUUGUUAAUUUUAUGUACACGGGAACGCUGGAAUUCGAGCUUAAAAUGUAUGGCAAACUGUUGCGCACCGCCAAGGAGAUGAAUAUGACGGUCCUGUUGAAACUGCUGGAGGCUCAUCGUCGCACCAUGGAAAAUGUAAAUCGACAACAAAGGCCGCCCAGUCCAAAGGGCAUUAGACGUCGUCCUGUGGUGCCCAGCAUCAAUACACAGCAGCGUGCGCCCAUAACGUCGUCGCUUAAUCGUGGUGUGGUCACCGCAGCGCGCAGCAAUGUACAACAGCGUACUGUUAAUACACCCGCCAUAUUACGCUCCGGUGGUCUGAAUAAUCGCUCACCGUACGGAGACAAUUCCCCAUCAACCGUAACCAGCAAACAAGAGUCCACAUCGCCUUUUGAGCAGCUUCGCAAGGGUUACAACAACAAUAAGCGUCCAGCGCAAACCAGUUUAUUGUCGCCGCCAUCAAAGAAGCCCAGCUUGGAGGAGGUUAAAGAGUUUGCCGAGCAACAGCGCAUGCGCAAGCAAAUUGCCGCAGAAUUUGGUGAUCAUGCUGAUGCGGAAUAUGAUAAUAUGCUCUAUGAUGAUGUGCAUGCGGGUUGCGAUGAUGAUGAUGACGAUAUGCCGCCACAGCCUUCAACAUCCAAGCAGUCACAGCCACAGACGCCGCAACAGUCGCAAUCUGGUGGCACACAGGCACAGGUGGAGCAUGGCACCACUACCAUCAUACUCAAACAGGAUUCACCCAGCCAAACGCCUACAAUUAUUGUCAAGGAUUCCUCAAAUGCUAAGCUUAAUCAUACUAAAAUUAUUGCUGAAGUGCUUCGACAAUAUCCGCACAUUGUGAAGGGUCACAAGAAUAUAAAGCUAAAGAUUAUGCCCAACAGUCCCGUAGAGAAGCCAAGCAUUAACAUUAAACGCGGUUCGCCUGCAGCGGCGACGCCAUCUACUAGCGCCAGUGUCAGUGCCAAUUCGCCGCAUAAGAAACUGCAUGUUUCCUUUAAAUCCGACAAGCCAAUGAUAUCUACGCAACAGCAGCAGCAACAACAAAAGCCUGUUCUGAAAUCAGCAGCAACAACAGUACAAGCGCCUGCAACAAGCAUAACAGCAGCAGCAAGCACAUCCGCAGCAGCAGCGAUGCAGAAACGUCGCAUUGACAGCAAAACAAUGCAUUCGCUUAUAUCACUCGGCGCUGAGAACACUACAGGUCCUUGGCUCUGCCUUCGCUGUGGUGUUAAUGGACGUCCUAUUAGCAUACCAUCGUAUCGCGGUUUUCGGCGUCAUUUGAUCAACACACAUAAGGAAACCAUUGAUCCAGCGCUCUGCGAGCACUGUGGCUGGCGCUCGUCCAACAAUCGUGAACUUCAUUUCCAUAUGUACAAAGAGCAUCAGAUCAAAUCGCUAUUGUACAACUUUGCCGAAUGUGGGCUUUGCAAUCGAACCUUCUUGAGCAAAACGGAGCUGGACAAGCACAUAAAUGAGGCGCAUACGGAUGAGAAUAAACAGCAAUGCAUUUAUUGUAAUAAGAUGUUUGCCCAGGAAUUGCAGCUGUACCGGCACAUGAAGAGCUCUCAUAAGGCUCAAGCCUUGGAGGAUGGCAUUAUCGAUGAAACAGAUGAGGAGUAUUUAGGUUCACAAGAUGAGGAUGACGAUGAACAAGAAGUGGAGUUAGAAUCAGAGACGCCAGCGACUAGUGAGCAGUCCAAGGUGCGCAUUUUAUCCGACAUUAGCUUGCCAGCUACGAGUGCCAUGAUGCAACAGCAGGAGACUAGCGAAGAAUCAGUGCAGGAGCAGGAGGUCAAGUUUGUCAAUGCCGAGGGCAAUGAGGUUGAGCUAACGGAAGAGCAACGCAAAGAGAUUUUGUCACAGCUAAAUCAACAAGCGGGCACUACCACUGGUGGUGUGGUUAUGGUGCUCAGCGAGCAAGAUGGCGAGACCGAGGGCAAGCAGGAUACGGAUGCCAAGUCCAAUGCAGGCACCGAGGAAGAAUAUGACGAUAGUCAAAUUUAUAGCGAGCUAGCCGCUGCUGGCUCGGUGGAGAGCAGUAGCAAAAAAAGCGAUGGGGCUGGGGACGAGAGCAAAGAGUCUAUGGACAAUUUGGAAUGGGCUGAAAAUUUGAUAUCAAAGCAUGAUGAAUUGGAAACUGAACAGCAAAAUAGCAAAGAACCAAAGCCAGAGAAACGUCGCGAUGACAUUAGAGAGAAACUAAAAGAGCUAACGGGUGACUGGAGCGAAGAUGAAAACGAUGAGGAGGACGAAGAUGUGGAUAGCAGCAAGCAAGCAAUUGAAACAGCAACAACUGAAGAGAAAACAGAGGCAAAAACUACUGCAGUUGAGCCUGUGGCAGAGGUUGUAGAGGAGGAACAAUCGCAGGCUGAAGAGGAUGAUAUUGACUUGGCAAUGCAAAGCUUACACACAGAAUAUACCGGGGAAGCUAUAACAGUAUCAACGCCACCAGUUGUUACCAGCGAAGCAUCAGGUUCAGGUGAUGUUAGCCAAACACAGUCGGAGCCAGAGCCAGAGAAAAUGGAUGUUGAUGAGCAGCCGCAAGAGCAAGUUGAAAGCGAGGAAAAGCCUGCAGAUAUAGUAGAGCAAUUAGCUACAGAAAUAAAGGAAGAAGAAGUUAAUGCGCAAUAUAUCAAGGACGAAAGUCCGGAAGAGACGCAAGAAGAAAAAACUGAUACGAUGGUGUCCGGCAUUACAGUGAUUGCUGAGGCAGCGGCCACCCCUGAGGAUGUGCAUUUAGAAACGGAAAAUAUACGUAAAGAGUUACUUGAUGAACUGAUUGCCGAAGCGGAAGCGCCCGAUGCUGAUGCUAUGCUCGAGGACACUCAACCGUUUCCCGGGGCGUCGGAUACUCCACCAGCCGAUGCAGUAAUUGAACAUGAAGAUGCGCCAAGCAAUGAUGCUGCUGAAGCGGAUGAAAGCCAACAGCAGGUGACAACAGCUACCGAAGAAAAAAGCGCUGAGCCCAACAGCAGCGAUGCCGUUGCCAAAGAGGAAAACGCACAAGAUGAAAUUGCUGAAGUUAAUAAUGAGGAACUAACAACAGAGCCAGCGGGCACACAGGAGAAAUUGAAGAGUCUCAUGAGCGAAUGGGGUGAUGAUGAAGAGGAUAACGAUAACCAUGAUGAUGAUGAUGAGAAUGGGGUUAGCGCUGCGACGAAGGAGCAACUUUAAUUACUAGAUUUAUUUAUGUUCUAAGGAUCGCUUUGUUGUGCGCACGCAUGCAAACUAGACAUAAAAGUAUACAGUUGACAAAUCGAUAUAUGUACAUAUAUCCGUUACAAAUUUACAUUGACGGUUUACGGUUUCGUUUUGUGCAAGAAUUUAAGAGGAAACAAAAACUGUACUGUAUGCUAUGAAACCUUUUGGCAUUGCCAUAAGCUAUUUCAAGUUUUUACCACCAGCAAUUGAAAACUAUGAAAAAUUUUACAUACACACACACACACACACACAAUAUUAUAUAUAAAUGGACAUUUACAAUUUACAUAUAUCAAUGUGUAGUAGUUAAAUAGGUGUUGUUGCAAGCAGAAUAUUGAAAAAUAUAU